CUAUAUUCUAAAUCCUUUAUUCCGAAGCAAUUCCAACAACCAUGACGAUCGCUGGAAGAUUCGUUCCGUUCGUUCGAUCAACAAAGGCCUUCAAAUCCUUGUCGAGUUCGGUGACUUCGAGAUUCAAUUCGAACACAGGAGGAAGAAACAGACUCUUCGGUACUGUUGCGAGAAAAUCCGGCACGUCUGUGUUCCACCAACUGGUAUCAUUUUCUAGGCGGGCUUUAUCCUCCUCCGCAACAGUCAUCCAUCCGUUGGAUCCCUUGUUGCCAGACGAAAUUACACGAGCGUCGGAUGCUGUUCGAAAACAUCUCGGGUUGACUCCCGACAAUGCCGUUCAGAAUCUUCGAUUUGUAUCUAUUUCGUUGCUAGAGCCACCCAAAGCCGAUUACAUUCAGGGAGUGAAAACUCCUCGUAAGGCUGAAUGUAUCACAUUGAAUCCGCAAACGGGAAUUGCUUCCAAUUUUACCGUUACGUUGGAAAACAACGAAGCAAAGAUUGUGGAAUCAACAGAAUAUCCAAAAGGAACCCAGCCCCUGUUGACGCCAGAAGAUUGCGACUUGGCGGAAGCGAUUGUUCAGUCAUCACCAGAGGUUGCCAGAGCAUUACGCGAUCGAUAUGGCAUUAUAGACUCAUCUCGUGUUGCGUGUGAUCCAUGGUCAGUGCAUUUGGCUUCUCCUGCCGAUCAGGAUCUCGUCAAUUGGAGAGACGACGGAGUUCCCGGUCGAUUGGUGCAAACAUUUCUUUAUCAUCGACAGUACGGUGAUGGAUUGGAAGACAAUCACUACGCACAUCCAAUCGAUAUUGUACCGGUCGUGGAUCUGAACGCACGAAAAGUCGUGACGAUCCACGGAAUGGAGCGUUCCCCAGCCCCCGAAAUUCCAACGUCAUCGGUGCAGUAUCACAGAGAUUUAGUCUCGAUAAACUCCUACCUCGAGUCGGAAUGGCGGAAGGAUAAACUCGCACCGCUGGAUGUUCUCCAACCCGAAGGCCCUAGCUUCACCGUGACGGGAAAUCAAGUCGAGUGGAGCAAAUGGAAAUUCCGUGUUGGUUUUAAUAGUAGGGAAGGCUUGGUUCUUCACGAAGUCGAAUACGACGGACGGCCAAUUAUGCAUCGUGGCUCCUUGGUGGAAAUGGCGGUCCCAUACGCCGACCCAAACGAACAUUUCGCGCGAAAGUGUGCCUUUGAUGUUGGAGACUACGGAUUGGGUUUUUGUGCAAAUUCCCUCAGCCUGGGUUGUGACUGUCUCGGUCACAUCCACUACUUUGACGCAAUAUUGAACGACUCCCAGGGGAAUCCUGUUGAGUUGAAAAAUGCCGUUUGUAUGCACGAAGAAGAUACCGGCGUCUUGUGGAAGCACGUCGAAUAUCGAAAUGGUCACAAUGAGUCGAGGCGCUCGCGGGAGCUCAUCAUUAGUUCCAUCGCAACUGUCGUAAACUACGAAUAUCUUUUUUACUGGCAUUUGCGUCAGGAUGGUUGUAUCGAUUUCAAAAUCAAGCUUUCCGGGGAAUUGUCGACAAAUUUGCUUUCCGAUGGUGAAAGUGUGCCUUCCCAUGGUGUCAUGGUCGCACCGAAUGUCAACGCACAAAUUCACCAACACAUGUUUUGUGCUAGAUUGGACAUGUCCGUCGAUUCCCAUAAAAAUAGCAUCAGCGAGGUCGACAUGUAUUCGGAACCAUUUAGUGACACCAAUCCCUACGGCAACUGUUUCAACGUCAAGGAAACCAUUCUCGAGGACGAAGAGAGCGCCAAACGGGUCUAUGAUGCGAACAAGGCACGAAGUUGGAAAAUAUUUAACGCGGAAGGAAAAACCAAUGGCAUGACGGGCAAACCCGUUGCGUACAAAUUGCUUCCUUUCAGCAUGGGACCAUCUCAACCGAUUCUAUUGACAGAUCCAUCGUGUGCAGUAACAAAGAAGGGAGAAUUCGCCACAAAACAUCUAUGGGUUACACCACAUAGCGAUAAAGAGCGGUAUCCAGCGGGAGAGUGCACGGUAUUGGGAGAUGGAAGCGACGGUCUUCCUGACUGGACAAAGGCAAAUCGAAAUUUACAGGGCGAGGAUCUCGUUCUAUGGCAUGCCUUUGGAGUGGCCCACGUGCCAAGAACUGAAGAUUUCCCGGUCAUGCCAUGCGAAACAACAGGAUUUACGUUGAAGCCCGACGGGUUCUUUGACGGAAAUCCAGGAAUCGAUUUGGAGCCAACUGUCAACACAGCCAGCGAACUCGCAGAGGGUUGUUGCCCAAACACUAAGUAAAGAAAUAAGAAUGAGUAGCUCAUGACUGUGUAAACCGUAACAUUUACAAGUCUUACUGUUCGUGAUCUAGACGUUUCGUGUGUUACUGGCUCACACAGUUUUUUUUUUUUUUCGUUUCCCUUUUGGGUUCGAAAUGGAGACACAAGUAACGUGGAUUACAUAUAUCUUCACUAACCAUCUUCUUGUACAUUUGAAGGUUAUCAUUUUCCCAGAUGUCAAAACCGUGUUGCAACGAAGAGUUGGGGUUGGGGUUGGGUUGGGGUUGGGGUUGGGGUUGGGUUGGGGUUGGG